CACAUUUAUUUUAUAAAUGCAGUUAAAUAAAAACAUAUGUAUAUGUUGCUAUUUUAUCUAACUUUCGCCACAAUAAAUAUCGUUCAAGAAACAAGAUCAAAACUCGUAACAGCCAUGUUUAGUACAGUAGAAGAUGAAUUUUAUAUAAUUUUUUAAAACUUUGAUAUAACUUUUAUUUCAAUCAAUCUUGUUUUUACAAUCAUUGUUUGUCAACGAUCGAUAAAAUUUGAUUUUUAAAUCACAUUUUAAAUUUUCAAGACUUCAUCAUCUAUAUACUUCAAUAAUAUAGUUAAAACUUCAAAAAGCUCGAUCAUAUUCUAUUCAUUUUUUCUCUAUUUACUUCAUUGAUUUCAACAGUAAUGUUAAAAUAUAUUAAGGAUGAACUGAACUCGAAUCUUCCGGAUUGACGGAAAAGAUAGAAAAGAAAAAUGUCGACAGGAAAAAAGUAGAUAAAAGUUAAAUAUCAAGAAUGGAUGUGAGUGUGCGUAUAAGUGAAGGUAUAUGAGUAAAGAAAAUAUCUAUAUUUCUACACUCCAUAAACGAGAGAAAUAACAUUUAUAAAUUUAGCUUUUUCUUUUCUAUUGUUUUAUAUCAUAUUAUUAAAUAAAAUUUUUCUAAUCAGUAAUAUUAUUAUAACAAUUUCACGUUCUCUCUUAAAUGUUUUGUUAAUAUGCAUGAUAGUAAAUUGCGUUAUAUAAGAAAUCUUAGAAGAAAAAGCUACUACUUUUUCAUACUGAAUCCAAACUACGAAGUUCGUAUUUAAUACAUAUCUACUAAUGAUUAUUUUUAUUUUCUAGGCGAUCGUAUAUUAGCUCGUGCCUCCGUAAUCAAUGAUCGUUAUGCUACUAAUCGUCAAACUUCACUUGAAAUGCAAGAUAAACUACAUGAAUCUCUUAAAUAUUUUCAAUUUAUAGAAGAUUGUAAUAAUUUUAAAGAAUGGCUUGAUAUGAAAUCUUUACAAGCUCAAGAUGAUACGUAUCGUUAUACAGCAAAUAUUCAUAUAAAAUAUCUUCGUCAUCAAGCAUUUCAAACUAAAAUAACAUCAAAUAAAGAAUGUUUAUUAGUAUUAAAACGUUAUGCUGAAUAA